AUGGCUCUGUGGUUUCUGCUCUCACUGACUUUCGGCGUAGUUUCGACCGAGCGCUUUGAUGAGUACGUCAAUGAAGCCCAGAGGCAGAAACUGUUUAUGCAGCACGGCAACGACCGGUUGCGGGCCGCUGUUAGACAGGUCGAAGAGCAAAACGAGCACAAAGUUGUGCUCUACCACGUGUUGCCGCUGAGCGGCUAUCUGAUGGCUUGGCUGGUGCAUGGCAUCACGGCCAAGGAGAGUCUGGAGUGGAGGAACAUACCGGGCGUUUCUGCCGAACUGAAAAUCAGUCUCCGCCACUUUGAGCCUGGCAUGAGCUUUACCUCUUUCACGCGGCACAAUGCCUCGAUUUGUGGGAAGAGGGUUCUGCGAAAGGUGCGAGAAGCCGACCCGAGGAAUGCGAAGGUCCUCGGCGAUGGGGAAUGGAGCAACCGCUGGAGCAUGCCCACAGAUAUCAAAGAUUGGAAAGACUUCGAAGUCACUUACAGGAACAGUGUCCAAAAGGUUUAUCACGAUUGCCGCGCGCUCGCUUAUUCUGAGUUGGUGGAGGACAACAACAAGAACGGCCCCCUACUGGAGGAAACAGCUCUGGCGGAUGCGCAUGUCAACACGGGCAAGCAGUUCGCUGAGUACUUGGACGCUAAGGUCGGGGAGAAGUGGGAGGACAUGCCUUCAUUCUUCAACGGGAUGUCGACAGUAGGUGUUCCGGACAGACUCCUCGAUGCACAGAUCAACUUGCUCGGCAGUUCAUUCAUCGGUGCGAAGCAACUUGGCACUCCAAGCAUGUGGGAGCACUUCACACUGUGGAAAACGGCGGAGUUUGACUUGAUGAAGCACGACGAACUGGAAUAUAUUCGCGGGCCAGAGUUUGGGGGCAGACCUGCUUUGCUUGAUCAAGUGCUUAACUCCUUCAAGCUUUCGUCGGUGACACUCCAGAAGGUUUCCAACCUGCUGUCCUUGCUGAGAUGCGCAGCGCUGAUGCGCUUUCCUGUGAAAUCACAAGACUUUCAUGAGAGGACCUACAUUCCGGCGACCACCCAAGACCUCGACACGGACUUGCCAAAGAUGAAUCUGGAUCAUGUGGCGAGUAAGUGGACCAAGGCGGGCUUCGCCAGGGUUCUCUUGCAAGUGGUGCUGCCGCCGGACUCGGCCAAUGACCUGGCCUACGUCAGUACUGGCUGGAAAGCAGAGAGGACAGCCCCACCAGUUGGCCACGAGCAUGUGGAUUGGAAAGAUGUCAGUUUCAUGGAUGCGUACCAAGCAUUGAAGAACACGGCGCAUGGCGACAAGGUCACGGCACGCGUGCUCUUGAAGCGGGGCUGGGGUUUUGCGCCCCUCGACAUGAGCGAGUCCGUGAAGAUCAUUGCCACUUCCAUGGCCUUUGCCGACCCGGAUUUUAUGGAGUUCGCGGCGAGUCUUUUAGAGGACAUUCGGAAUUGUGUGUUGAAGCACCCAAAGAAAAAGAAAGACGAGAGCUCACCGUGGCCAUCUCGGAUCCUGACAGUCGUUGUUCUGGUGCUCUGUCUUGGGGUGCUCCUGCCCUGUUUUCAAUACAGGCGCCACCACCUGAGGGCAACAACUGCAGCUAUGACAGACGUGGAGCUUACCGAGCAUCCACUGCGGGCCUGA